AAUACCGAGGUGGGUGGGCACAUUUUCUCUCUCUCUCUUCCUCUCUCUGCACGAUAUAAGUGCACUUCUGUGAUGGAGAAGCCACCCCACCACAGUUCAUUUUUACGCAGAGGAGAUGAGCGAUCGGAUACCCAAAUCCAACCCGGCCAUGAAUUUAAUAUUGCUCUUCACAGCUUCUCUGUCCUGGGCCUUCCAGCAGCAGGAUGUACCGCCAAAGUACCAGUACCGUGACCCUGUGACUUCUGAUCUCCUGCUGUGCGACCAGUGUCCUCCCGGUACAGCUGUGAAACAACACUGCACUGCUGGCACGCCCACAGCGUGUCAGGCCUGCCCUGAGAGGCAUUUUGCUGAAAACUGGCAUUGGGGGGACACGUGCCAAUACUGCACCUCGGUGUGUAAAGAGAGACAGCUGGUGAAGCAGCAGUGUAACAGCACCCAUGACCAACUUUGUGAGUGUGCUCCAGGUUUCCACCUAGUGGUGGAGUUCUGCAUUGCACACAGCACCUGUCCACCUGGCCACGGAGUGACAGCUUUAGGUACACCAGUGAGUGACACUGUGUGUGAACGUUGUCCCUCUGGUCAUUUCUCUAGCUGUGGCUCCUCCACAGAGCCGUGUCAACCCCACAGAAACUGCUCUGAUUUGGGCCUGAAGACGCUGAGAUGGGGCACGUCCACUUUAGACAGCCUCUGUUGCACUCAGGACAAGACUGCCUUAUUGGACUGCUCUCAGCAUCACACAAUGUGCUAUACAGAUGUGACGCUUUGCGAGGAGGUAGUCUUCCAGUCCCUCUCCUCCCUGAGACUGUCCUCUGUGCCCCUGGAGCGACUGUUGGAAAGUCUCCCCGGGAGGAGGGUGGACCAUAAGAAUCUGGAGAGGCUGAAGAAGUCGUGUUCUCCCCAGCAGCAGGUCCUCCAGCUGCUGCGGCUGUGGAGGGAGCAGAACAAAGACCAGGAUAAGCUGUAUGACAUCAUACAAGGUGUGAACCACUGUGAGAGGAAAGUCUCCCGCUGCAACAGCCUGAAAAACCUGACCCUCGAUGACCUCCUGAAGGUCACCAGCAGCUUGCCGGGAAUCAAAGUCCACCAAGAGGAUGUCCGAGCAGUUUUCUCCACCUGCAUGCCCAGCCGAUGUAUCCUGCAGCUUCUCCACCUCUGGAAGACAGCGAACUAUGACCUGGACCUAGCCAAAGGUCUGUCUCACAGUCUGAGGGUGAUGCGUAGCCAGGGGGCGCCUCGCUAUCUGCUGAGAGGCCUGAAGAAGAUCAGCCGUAUCUUAGCGCACAAGAUGUACGAGAAGAUGUUUGUUAAAAUGCUGCAGGAUGAGUCGUGUUUCAAAGAUCUUAAGCCUUUAAACGAAUAGAGAACUGGAGGUACUAACUGGAAUACACGCUACUUAAAACGUAAAAUAACACUAAUGAUGACAUCAUCAGACAUAACAACACAAAAUGAAGACACACACUAAGUGAGCAAGGGGAUACAUAUAUGCAAGAGUUACAAAAUGGGUCACAUGAUAAUUUCAGGUCUUUCAGAUAUCAUCAAAUGAUAUCAAGCUAUGCAUUUAGUGUCGAGGUGUAUUUUUUUCUUAGAGAAACAUGAGGGCAGGUUUCUAACUAUCAAACCCAGAUUUUAAAAACAGAGUGUUUUAUUUGUAUAAGGAAACAAGGGAUGCUAAUAACUUCACCUACAGUCCAUAAUACAGGUCGACAGUGAUGAAUCUAAAGUGCCUUAAAAAAAUCACCAAUCACCAAUCAUCUGUAUAUUCCAGGCAAAACCCACACAAGAAAAUAUAUUAAAAAAGGAAUCCUGGGAACUUUUUUGAAAAGAUUCUGUGAAAAUGAAAUAUUUAAGAUGUAAAUAUCACACCAAUUUAUGGAAGAAAGGCUGGCAGAUAUUUUGUUUUUAAUAUUAUUGCUUUCUCGUUGAUUGAGAGGAAGGAUCUGGUUUCAUAAUGAAAUCUGUGUUUUUUCUAUAGUUGUCCUUUGUUGGUUUGUUUUGGACUGCUGGUAAGUAAAGCUCACCUGAAUUAUUUUGUUUUCUAAAACUGCCAGCUUUAUGAAUGUACAAAGGAGUGCAAUGUGUUUUCUAUUUAAAUAAUAUUUUUAUUUCUUUCCGAGUAUGUAAAGGCUUGUUUUUAUUACUUUUUCAGAAAUACUGGAUUCCAAAUGCUGCAAGUUCACAAAGUGAUAUUUGUUUUUAUAUUUUGUUUGAUCACUUUUAUAUUAUGAAAUGUACGGUCUUUAUUGUAUAUAUGCCUGACUGGUCCUUUUUAAGCUUGUGUAACUUGUGAACACUAUUGUCCAAUGAUCUGAUUAAAAUCAGUUUUUGAAAAAAAAAAAGUUCACUUAUUACUGAGCGACUUCAAACAGCAGAUUGACGU